GCUUGUUGGAACUACAAUUUUAGUAUGCUUCAUUCCCCACUCUGAUCACUAUAUACUAGAAAAAUGCACCUAAACGAUACUCCAGUGAAUGUGACCAGAGAAAAUAUAAUGUUAUUCAAUCAGACCAAGAAAGAAGCCUUUAAUUUGAACCAACAUUUCAGAGAAGCUUCGAAACGUCUAAAGUCUACUUGGCAGAUUUUGGCUAACAAAGAUGAAAUAACCAUGGAAAGGCUGUGCAGUUCAAAGCUGUUCGUUAUUUGUGGGCCGACUGAGAAGUUCAACGCCGCGGAAUUUUCCACUCUGAAGAAAUAUUUGGAACAUGGUGGUGCGAUUUUGGUUCUUUUAGGUGAGAACGGGGAAUGCCGAUACACAACUAACAUAAAUUUUCUCUUGGAGCAGUACGGAAUCAUGGUGAACAAUGAUGCUGUUGUGCGUACUGCGUACUACAAAUACUUUCACCCGAAAGAAGCCUUGAUCCCCGACGGCGUUUUGAAUAGGUCUGUAGCAGAAGCAUCUGGCAAGUGGUCACCCGGAGGUGCGUCCGAAGGAAUACCACACAGACUGGCAAUGCAAUUUGUGUACCCUUAUGGGGCUACACUUAACGUGGCGAAACCUUCUGCUGCUUUACUUUCCACCGGUAACGUCGCUCUUCCCCUUAAUCGUCCAGUGUGUGCUGUCUACAAAUCCAAAGAACCAAACGGGGGAGCUCUCGCUGUUGUUGGUAGCUGUGCAAUGUUCACCGACAGUUAUGUGAGCAAGGAAGACAACUUCAAGAUUUUUGAAUUUCUGAUAAAUAUUUUAACAACUGAUUGUAUCAAACUUAAUUCAAUCGACGCUGAAGAUCCCGAUAUUGAGCCAUACCAUCAAGUCCCGGACAUAACUACCUUGGCCAACAGUCUCAAAUGCUGUUUACAAGAGAGUGACGAAGUUCCACAAAGCGUCUGCGAGAUGUUUGACAGCGGUCUUUUUAAUAUGGAUCUGAAUGCAGUGCCGAAAGCUUUAAGAGCUUACGAAAAACUCCGAGUAAAGCAUGAACCUCUCAGUCUUAUUCCACCCCAGUUCGAAACACCAUUGCCUCCGGUUCAGCCUUCAGUAUUUCCACCCAAUUUUCGCGAGCCCGGUCCACCUCCACUUGAAUUGUUUGACUUGGAAGAGCAGUUUUCCACUCCCAAGGCGCGCUUGGCCCAGUUGGCCAAUAAAUGUAACGAGGACGACCUGGAAUAUUUUGUUCGUGAGUGUGGUGAUGUUUUGGCGGUCACUCGCAAACUCCCUGAAGCAAAGCGUAACGCACGAGUCAUUUUGGAGGUCAUUUUCACGGAACUGGCUGAAUUCAAGAAAAUGAAUCAAGACCAGGAAGAAAUGAGAACAUCCUGUGAUAAUGAGAAGAUGCCAACUUCGUAGUGAUCGCUCCCACAGUAAAAGACGAAUCUCGCUCCUUAUUUAUUUUUCCAGUUUCAGCUGUAUUUUGAGGUUAUUCCGAAAUAAUCUUUCUCCUGUA